ACACCCCAAGUGAUACAGCAGUGUCAGAACAAUUCCUGUCCUGAAGGAGGCCGUGCGACCUGCUUUAUUCCUCCUUCGCAGACGUCCUUGAGCCCUUGAGACGGAUGUGAGUGAGUUUUUCAGUCCUCAUGCAAAACAACCAUCUAAACAUAACAGAUGACAUCAGCUUGGGCUUUUCAAUUCCUGGAUGGCAGCAGCAUGUUAAUCCAGCCUUCAUCCUGGAUUUCAUAAACUAAAACAAGAGAGCCUGGCAGGAGGACAGCGCUGCUGCUGGGUUGAGGAAAUUGAUGACGGGGAAGCAUGCAGGCGACCCAGUGUAUAAAACUCAUAAACGUGUAGGCAGAGGCUCAGCUACCGGUUUGGACGGCUGCUUCUCACCAGCAGAGACCACGACGUGGGAGCCGAGCCGGGGCCGGGCGGGAAACAUGAAGAGCCUCUUGCUGCUGACCACGCUCCUUGUCCCUGCGCACCUGGCGGCGGCCCGGAGCACCAAGUAUGCGGUGGAUUGCCCUGAGCACUGUGACCGCGCCGAGUGCAAAAGCAGCCUGCGCUGUAAGAGGACAGUGCUGGACGACUGUGGCUGCUGCCGGGUGUGCGCCGCAGGGCUGGGAGAAACCUGCUACCGCACCGUCUCGGGCAUGGAUGGUGUGAAGUGUGGCCCGGGGCUGAGGUGUCAGUUUUACAGUGAGGAGGAUGAUUUUGGUGACGAAUUUGGUAUCUGCAAAGACUGCCCAUACGGCACCUUUGGGAUGGAAUGCAGAGAGACCUGCAACUGCCAGUCCGGCAUCUGCGACAGGGGCACGGGAAAAUGUCUGAAAUUCCCUUUCUUCCAAUAUUCAGUAGCCAAGUCUUCCAAAGGGAGAUUUGUUUCUCACACAGAGCAUGACAUAGCAUCCGGAGACGGCAACGCCGUGAGAGAAGAAAUUGUGAAAGAGAAUGCAGCCAGGUCUCCCGUAAGGAAAUGGUUAAAUCCACGCUGAUCCGAAGAGAAGGCUCUAUUUUAGUGAUUGUUCAACACACAGCCAGCAUUUUAGAAACUGUCUAGAUCAUAGCAUAUGGACAUGUAAUUUUCGGAGACCAAGUGUGAUUCAUGUUGGAUCCAGGAAAAAAAAAAGUGUAGCUACUUACAAUCUGUAAAGUGCAUAUGACUGAACAUUUUUAGAUAUUUGUUAAAUAUUUGUAUGCAUAUAGAUCUGUUAAAUGUGUGUGUAUAGUAACACUGAAGAACUAAAAAUGCAAUUUGAUAAUCUUACAUGGAGACAGUUCAGCCAAAGAGAAAACUAAUCAAAGCUGAAGACCACAGUGGGCCCACGGGUUCUUGGAUGUACAUUAAUGUUGGGAUAGCAGGGGCGGAGGAAGAGUUCAGAGCAGGAGAAGGUGGGGACGGGGUGGGGGUGGGGAGUAUAAUAUUUAGCUCUUCCUUGUGGUAGCUUCAGUAGAAUUUAACUGUGCUUUUUCUUUUUUCACUUUUGGAAGAGUCCAAACAAAACAGUCAGAAAACCCCUGAAGGAAGUGAGCUGUUUGAAGCUUGUGGGAGUUAGAACAACAGCCUUGAAUGGAGGUUAACUGCAAAGGGCUGCUGACGCAGUUCCCAGGUUCCCUGUAUCUGAAGGAGGGUUCUGGGACAGAGGGCAAACGUCACUUCCAUCAACGGUUUUAAAGAAUGCCACCUCAGAGACAGAGCUAGGAAGUGUUUUGCCCACUGGGGGUUUGUGUGUGUAUAAAGGUAAAUAUUUAUAUAUUUUUGUAAACCAAUGUUAGUACAAGUCCUCCUCCAUAGCCAUAUUUAUCAUCCUAUUGAGGAAAUGAACCUAAUAUCAUUUGUUUAAAAUGGUUAGGAUAAAGGUGUGACUCUAUAAGGUUUUCAGACAUCUGAGGCAUGGAAAAUGUAUUAUUAAUAAUUAUAAUACUAUUAACAGUAAUAAGCAUAAGAGCAACCUAGAAAAAUGUAGUCACGCUGGAUAUAUAAAAUGUCAAAAAAUGAGCAACAGAGAAUUUAUUUAGAAGUGAGUGCUAUGACUUAAAUGAAUUUUAAAUUUAAAGUAGAAAAUAACUUUUUAGGAAGUUGGGAAAAGAGUCAGCUUUUAGCAGGAAACAUGUCAACGUUAAAAUAUAGUUUAUUUUCAUAUUUUUUUCUUGUAAGCUUAGUUAAUUAGUGGAAUUAGGCAUACGUUUGGGGUGAUCUUGGCAUAAACAGGACUGUUGUACUAGAUCUUGUUAGGAAAUAUUUGCAGAAGUAUUUUAUUUGGAGUAAAGAACUUAUUUAAUAAUUAUUUCACUAUUUACCUAUAUUUUAUUCUUGGAGUUUGCCAACAGAGUUGUGAAUGUGUGUGGGAAGAUCUUUGAAUGUAAGCUAAAUAAACUGUUAGGUUUUAUUUUAAAUGGACAUGUUUAUUAUUGUUCAAUAAAAAAAGGACAAGAUA